GGCCACCCUCUCUGCUAAGCACCCCACCACCUCAUCUCACACGUACUCUAGCUACAAAUUAAGCUACGUCGGCAAUGGCUACUAGCACUAAGCUUGUAGCUCUUGGCUUCGUUGCUCUCCUGAGCAUUGGGUUCACCGAUGCUGCAAGGAUGCUCGCUAGCUCCUCCAGCGCCUCGGGUGGCGGAGGAGGCGGGGGUGGCGGAGGUGGUGGCGGUGCCACCGGUGGAAGUGGCUGGGGUGGAGGAUCUGGGCAAGGUGGCGCCUCAGGGUACGGUGAGUCCUACAAGAACUCCGGUAGCCAGUAUAACUUUGCCCAGGCAGCUGGUGGAGGAGGAGGAAACGGUGCCGGUGGAGGGUCAAAGGGCGGGUUUGGUUCUGGUUCUGGGUCUGGCUAUGGAACUGGUAGCGGUGCUAGCUCGGCAUCUGCCCCUACCGGCAGUGGGUAUGCUGGUGCUGAUGGUACGGGUUCAGGCGGUGGUGGAGGUGGUGGUUCCGAAGGGACCAGCGGGGCUGGUUCCGGAGGUGGCCUUGGCCAAGGAUCUGGCGAGAGUGGCGUAGCAAAGGCACCGGCUCCAAGCACCGGCGAUGGCGUCAGCUACUCCGAUGCCGGCGGCAGUGGUAAUGGUGGUGGCGGUGGGUCCGGCGGAGCAGGUGCUCCCAGCGUCGGUGGUGGUUCAGGCUUCGGGUCUGGACAGGCCGGUAGUGAUUCCACCACUGGAUCAGGCUCCGCGAGUGGAGGGGGUAGGGGUGAAGGUGGUGGUUCAGCUGCAGGUGAUGCUCAUGCUCCAAGUGUUGGAGUCGGCUCUGGCAUGGGCUCCGGAGGUGGACAAACCGGUACCAGUGGAUCCAACGGUUCAGGCUACGCCAGUGGAAGUGGUGGCGGCGUUGCCGGAGGUGGUGGUAGCAGCUCUAAUGGCGGGUCCGGCAGUGGUGGAGGCAGCGCAUCCGGGUCUGGUAGCGGUGGGUUUAAUUAAAUUAAAUCCCGUUGUUGGAACAAGCUAGAGUCGAUCGGAGCCCGACGACAAGCACUUUUAGUCUUUCCAUUUGCUAUUCCAGAUCAAGCUCUCUUUUUUUUUUCUUUCCAUUUUGUGUUUCUUAUUUCUAGGCGGCUCCCAAUAAUAAAGGGUUCCACGAAUCUAGUGGAAGUUCGUAGGUAGUCGAGCAAUCAAAUGAGAUGUAAUUUUGCUAUCUACAAGUAUCUUUUGUUAUAAAAUUUCACUAUUAGCAGA